GCAUUCCCUGGAGCUCUGGAGAAGCCAUCACUGGGGUCAAGCAACUCGUGCUUGCUAAAGGCAGUGGACUGGGCACCCAGCUGCAAUGGGAUGGUGGUGCCAGCCCUGCAGAGCUCCCCAGACAUUGCCCCAUGGGCAGAGCUGCUCCAGGAGGGUUAUUGCAGCCAGGAACUGGGCAAAGGUUGGGAAAGUUGGGCGUAGCCUUGUACUUUCUGCAGCUCUGCUGGGUGCCACGAGGGAGAUCUACCUUGGCUUGGAGAAGAACCCCUGGGGGGCCCCCUGCCCCUGGGGGACCUCUCUCUCAGAUGGGGCUCCCCUCGGACUGCGGCCGCCCUUGCCUCACCAGCCAUGCCAGGGGCCUCCUGACUUCCCUCAUCACUCUGCUCCUCCUCCACCUGGGCUCAGCUCAGCUCAGAGUGGUGGGACCAGGCCACUCUAUCACUGCACCAAUGGGGCAGGAUGUCGUGCUGCCCUGCCACUUGUCCCCUCAACGCGAUGCUCGCACCUUGGAGGUCAGGUGGAUUAGGAAGAAGUUCUCUGAGACCGUGCACCACUACCGCAAUGGACAGGACCUGUACGGGGAGCAGAUGGGAGCAUAUUCUGGGAGGACAGAGCUGGCCAGAGAUGGUCUCGCUGCUGGAAGCCUGGACUUGCGAAUCACGGGGCUGAGACCCUCUGAUGAUGGCCAGUAUGUCUGCACUGUAGAAGAUGCUGAUGCUUAUGCCGAAGCAAUUGUGGAUCUGGAGGUGUCAGCCACAGGCGCUGACCCCCACCUCUCCCUGGGGGGCUACGAGGCCGGAGGCGUCCGGGUGCUGUGUCAAUCGGCCGGCUGGUACCCGCUGCCGCAGCUGCUGUGGAGGGAUGCUCGCGGGCAGCACCUGCCCUCGCUCUCCCAGACACAUUCCCAGGACCAGGAGGGGCUCUUUGAAAUCAAAGGCACCGUCAUUGUGACUGGGAGCGUGGAGGGGCCCUUGUCCUGCGUGGUCAGGAACAACCGCCUCCAGCAGGAGAGGAAAUUUUCCCUGCACAUCGCAGCUCCCUUCUUCCACAACGCCCAGCCCUGGAUGGUGGCUCUGACUCUGGUCCUCGUGCUUUUGGCUGUGUCCAUUGGCCUCGGUGUUUAUCUCUUUCGAAAGAAAGAGAAACAAGCUGCAGAGCUGGCAUGGAGACGGUGUCUGCUGCCUCAUAAUAGAGGUAGGUGUGCACUGGGUUGCCCACUGCAGUGCUCCUCCUGCCCUUGCUGGGGCAUGUUCAGGAGCCAAGAGGUGCCCCAUCUCCUGCCCCGUGGGGCAGCUCCUGGCCCCGAGCUGGGGAAAGCCUGCCCAGGGCUGAGCUCUGCCCCUGAUGGCCUGGCUCCUUCUGUCCCUGCAGUGAAGGUGACCCUGGAUCCACACACGGCUCAUCCCCACCUUGUUGUGUCCCAGGAAAACUGCAGUGUGAGAUGGGAAAUUGAAUGGCAGCAGGUUCCUGACACACCAGAGAGAUUUAACUAUUGGUGCUGUGUGCUGGGCCGUGAGAAGUUCAGAGAGGGGAGGCACUGCUGGUUGGUGGAGGUGGAGGGAGAGCGGCUAAAGGAUUCUUGGUGGGCUGUGGGGGUGGCCAGGGCAUCUGUGGAGAGAAAAGGGUGGAUCAACAUGAGCCCUGAAGAAGGGAUCUGGGCUGUGGAGUACGACAAAGGACAGCUGAUGUCUCUCACAUCUCCUCCCACCCCCUUGUCCCUGUUCCCUGUCCCCACAAGGAUCUGGGUCUGUCUGGCCUGUACCCACGGGCAGGUGUCUUUUAUCAAUGCUGACACUGGGGUCCAGAUCUUCACUUUCACAGCAGCCUCCUUCAAUGGGGAGAACAUCCACCCCUGGUUCCUGUUGUGGACAUGGGGAAUUCAGCUGCGCCUGAGAGACAGCACCCCCAAGACCCUGUCCCCAGCCCUGGGGAGCUCCUGCCCUUCUCCAGACACUCCUGCAUCACCUCUCCUUAGUCCUGCAGGAGCAGCACAGGAAUGAGGGGCAGUGGGACCAGGGGCUGCCCCGUGUUCCUUCCUGCUGCUGGAGGAGGGCUGGGAUGCUGCAAGCAAGGGCCAGGCCCCUUGCAGCCCCUGGGCUCUGCCCUGCACGCGGCUCCUGUGCUGGGGCACAAGCCCUGCUGGCACCCACGGGUCUCACCCUGUCUCUGAGCCCCAGCGGGCAGCACAGGGGCUGCAGCAGCUCUCCACGCUCCUCUCCGCUCUGCUUGCACUGCUUGCAGACCCCAGGGCAAGGGAUGUGGUCACCGUGUGCUGCCGGCCAUUGCAGGCCACCUUUGCCUCCUAGUUCAGGGUUGAUCUUUGCUCUGUGCCUGGUGCUGAGCAUGAGCAGCCUGUGGGGGCUCUUUGUUCCCUCCUCUGGAGCACAUCCAUGCAAGACACAGCAGCAGCAGGACUGUGUCAAAUAAAGUUUUGCACAGGAA